UCAAAAUUUCAACAAUCCUCAUCAAAAAAAAAAAUGUCUAACGAAAAUUUGUUUAGAGCCAGUUUAAAAAGUACAAACAAUGAGUUUAUCAAAUUCUACGAUUAUUCAAAAUUCAGAAAUAUUCGAUUGAUCGGUUCAGGAACCUUUGGAAAAGUAUAUCAUGCAAUUACAGAAAGUUCAGGCUUAGAUGUUGCUUUAAAAUCAUUUGACAAUAAUAACGCGACCAUUGUUCAAGAAAUUAUAGAUGAAGUAACUUGA